AUGUCUUUAAGCGCCUGGGUCGACCAGGCCCUGGAGGUCACCGGUAUGGACGCGGUGGACGCUCUUCGCGCGUUCUUCCUGCUUGCCGCCGCCACCACGAUCACAAUCAGCAUCCCAGCCUCUCUUCGCUCACGCUUCCUGGUCUACGGACCACGCGCAAGCUCGACACAGGCUUCCCCGCCGCAAAACAAGGGUCUCCUGGAUACCCUGGCCACUUGGCAAGUCCCGCACAGCUACUUCACCCAAUUCUAUAUUGCUUCUGUAGUUUCGUCCGUCUUCUGGGUCGCCCAGAUCUCAUUUCGGGGGGUGCUAUUCCAGGCUAUCGCCACGCGCGUUAGCGAGGAGCAUCGGCCCAGCAUGUCGAUUACACAGCUGGUGAUCUGCUGCGUCCUAUUGUUUAUGCAGGGUUCGCGCAGGCUCUGGGAAUGUAUUGCAUUCUCAAAGCCCUCGUCCUCGCGCAUGUGGUUCGUCCAUUGGCUUCUUGGUCUGAGUUUCUAUCUUGCUACUGGAGUGGCGAUUUGGAUUGAGGGGUCAGGCGUGCUGUUGACGAGAGAUUUGUCGAUUGCGCAUUUCCAAAUGACCAAUGCGCCCAGCUUGAGAACUUUCGCGAUCGUGCCGCUAUUUCUGAUCGCGUCCGGGCUGCAGCAUGAUUCUCAUCACUAUCUUUCCUCCCUGAAAAAGUACACGCUACCUGAGCACCCUAUGUUCCGAGGUGUGGUCUGCCCCCACUACGGUGCCGAAUGUGUGAUCUAUCUUUCUCUUGCGUUGGUGGCUGCCCCGCAAGGUGAAUGGAUUAACAAGACUAUGCUGUCUUGUUUUGUCUUUGUGGCUGUAAACUUGGGUCUCACGGCGAGGAAUACCAAGGAGUGGUAUGCUUCAAAGUUUGGCAAUGACUCGGUCAAAGACUGGUGGUUUAUGGUCCCUUAUGUCUACUGA